GACAUGAAGAAGCAGCGGCGGCUAGGGCGGCAGUAGCGGCGGGAGUCGAGGCUUGCAGCGGGACUCAGAGCUGAGAGCGCGGCGCGGCCUAGAGCAGCAGGCGGUGCAGUGGGCCCAGGAGGAGGCGCAGCAGCCGCCCUGGCCCGUCAUGGAGAUGGAAAAGGAGUUCGAGCAGAUCGACAAGGCCGGGAGCUGGGCGGCCAUUUACCAGGAUAUCCGACACGAAGCCAGUGACUUCCCAUGUAGAGUGGCCAAGCUUCCUAAGAACAAAAACCGAAACAGGUACAGAGAUGUCAGUCCCUUUGACCAUAGUCGGAUUAAACUGCAUCAAGAAGAGAAUGACUACAUCAAUGCUAGUUUGAUAAAGAUGGAAGAAGCCCAGAGGAGUUACAUUCUUACCCAGGGUCCUUUGCCUAACACAUGCGGUCACUUUUGGGAGAUGGUGUGGGAGCAGAAAAGCAGGGGCGUUGUCAUGCUCAACAGAGUGAUGGAGAAAGGAUCGUUAAAAUGUGCGCAGUACUGGCCACAAAAAGAAGAAAAAGAAAUGAUCUUUGAAGACACAAAUUUGAAAUUAACCUUGAUCUCUGAAGAUAUUAAGUCGUAUUACACAGUACGGCAGCUAGAAUUGGAAAACCUUACAUCUCAAGAAACUCGAGAGAUCUUACAUUUCCACUAUACCACGUGGCCUGACUUUGGAGUCCCUGAAUCGCCAGCUUCAUUCCUAAACUUUCUUUUUAAAGUUCGUGAGUCAGGGUCACUGAGCACGGAGCACGGCCCUGUCGUGGUGCACUGCAGUGCGGGCAUUGGCAGGUCGGGGACCUUCUGUCUGGCUGACACCUGCCUCUUGCUGAUGGACAAGAGGAAAGACCCUUCUUCUGUCGACAUCAAGAAAGUUCUGUUAGAAAUGAGGAAGUUUCGGAUGGGACUGAUCCAGACAGCAGACCAGCUCCGUUUCUCUUACCUAGCUGUGAUCGAAGGUGCCAAAUUCAUCAUGGGAGACUCUUCAGUGCAGGAGCAAUGGAAGGAGCUCUCCCAUGAGGACCUGGAGCCCCCACCCGAACACGUCCCCCCUCCUCCCCGGCCCCCCAAACGAAUCCUGGAGCCACAUAAUGGGAAGUGCAAGGAAUUCUUCCCCAACCACCAGUGGGUAAAGGACGAAACCGGGGAGGAUACAGAAGCCUGCUCCAUCAAGGAAGAAACCAGAACCCCCUUAAAUGUCCCUUGCAGCAUGGAAAGCACGAGUCCAGACACUGAAGUCAGAAGGCGGGCUGUGGGGGCAGGUCCUGCCCAGGGGGAGCCUUCGCCACCCAAGGAGGAGCAGGACCAGGCGCUGACUCCCUGGAAGCCCUUCCUGGUCAACAUGUGCAUGGCCACGGUCCUCACAGCCGGCGCGUACCUCUGCUACAGGUUCCUGUUCAGCAGCAGCACAUAGUCUGACCCACCCCACUGCCCGCCUAGCAGGCAUGUCGUGGUAGGGGAGGGUGGGGGGCGCCGAGGACAGCGUAGCCAGCCAUGACCUGGACGGACGUUUGUUCUGCACUAAAACCACCCGCCCCGGGCUGUUGGUUGUUACUCCUUUUGACUUUGUUGCCCCUCCCUUUCUUCGCGUACCAAAUCCACAGCCCAUUUUUUGAGGAGAGCAAAGGAGAGUCCGGUGCUGGUGGCCUGCGUAAGUCGUGAGGCUCGCCCUGCCGCACACUCCCUCUUGGUGCGGCCCAGCACAUCCCGGUGGGCAGCACACGGUGUCCGCCCCCUGGGCCUCCACGGAGACUGUGCGGUGAGCCUCUCCGCUCCAUAUUUAUUUUUUUGUUCUUGUUGUUUUCCCCAAAGGCAUCCACAUAGUGCACUAGCAUUUUCUUAAACCAAUAAUGUAUUAAAAUUUUUGAUGUCAGCCUUGCAUCAAGGGCUUUAUCAAAAAGUACAAUAAUAAACCCUCAGGUAGUGCUGGGAACAUAAGACUUUGCCAUGAGCCUGCUGCGUCAGACCAGUACUAGGAAGGAGGACGGUUGUAAGCAGUCGUUAUUUCGUGACAUUGUGGGUAAGGUGAGCAGAGGUUUGGCAUAUGUUUAUAGAACAUGGGAUGAUAUAUACUGAACAUUUGGAUAUUUAAGAUACAUGACGUGAGAUUACUUUGUCCCAGUUACCCCCUCCCAGUUAUCUGCUAGAACCUUGUUCUCAAUCACUGCUUUCCUUGUGUGUAUUAGAGUGCAUGUACGGUCGUCUUGUGUCCCCAUCAAAUACCACGUGCUUGAAAUACUUCGCUCUCUGCUUAUUAAUGUGCCCCAUGUACAAGUCCAGUCUACCUUUGCAUGAUCUGAUCAUUCCAUGGCUGUGGUUCCUAAGACUUGCUAAAAUCAUCGCCAUUCAGCAAUGGAGUGAUGUUUUCCAGUAAGAGAUAUUUGCCGAAUUCCUGGCAUGACACUCUGGUGACUUCCUGGUGAGACCCGGCCUGGCCUUGUCCAUCCGGGUCGCACUGUAACUCAGACAUUCCAAGGGUAUGGGAAGCCGCAGUCACACCUCACGCUCUGGACAUUUAGGCAAGCAGGGUUCCCCCACCCACCCACCCAACACCUUGGGGAUCAGCCUCCACGUUCAGAAGUUCACGCUCCUCUCAAGCAGACGGUGAUUUGGAACCAAGGCAACUGUUGGAAACCACACGUCCUGAAGCAAUCUGGGUGACAGUCCCUCGGAGUCCGCCUGCCGUCGUCCCAUUCCGGGGGCCUUGCUGAGAGCCACGUCUGCCCCCGCCCUUGAAUCCUGGGGACUGAUGGUGCUCACGACUCUUCCUGCAAGGGAACUUGAGACCUCCACGUUAAGUGGCUUUUUUAACAAGAAAAAACAAAAACAAGGCAGCUGUAGCUCACGAGCUGCUCUUCUGCCAGCAUUUUCACAUUUUGCCUUUCACGUGUUAGAAGCCUGUGCAGAGAAGUUCUGUGGUGGGAACGUUUGAGGCAUCGCUCCGCAGAGCCUUGGUGAGGUGUGGAUGAGGCUGAGGUGCCAGAGGCUGUAAGCAUUUUUGAGUUGGGCUUGUUUGUUUGUUUUUUGAAGUCCUGUAUAUGUAUGUAGUAGUUUGGGUGUGUAUAUAUAGUAGCAUUUCAAAAUGGAUAUACUGGUUUAACCUCCUAUCCUUGGAAAACAGAUGGCCGUCCAUCUUGUUACACGUAUGUUAGAGAAGUAGCGAGCUGCUCUGCUAUAUGCCUUAAGCCAAUAUUUACUCAUCAGGUCAUUAUUUUUUACAAUGGCCAUGGAAUAAACCAUUUUUACAAAAAUAAAAACACACAAAAAAAGUGAGGUGUUUUGGUAGAAUACCUUUUCAGGUGUGUGUAUACAUGGAUGCAUGAUGGGGGGUGGGGGGCGCGUCUCAGGGUCUUCUGUGACCUCACAGAACUGUCAAACUGUACAGAUUUCCAACUUGCCAUAUAAAUGAUGGGUUUGCAUUUUAGUUGCAACAAUAAAAUUUUUUUUCUAAAGAACAUGGAUUUGGGGUGCCUCCCAUGCCUUUGUUUAAUGGGCCUAAAGGACGGGUACCUCCUGUUUCUUGCCGCCACCGCCACCAAGAAGCAGGUGCUGUCGGUCAGGUGACCAAGAGUUACUGCGGCCUCCCGGGGUUGUGCUUGCCUUUGAGCUGGGGGACCGUUCCCUUCCCGGUGAGUUUACUGACACUUCCGGCCUCAACCCAGCUUCUUAGACG